AUGGCAGCGGUGCACUGCGUGCCGCCCAGUCCACCUUGGGACUCACACACUAGAUUGGCAGCUGAAAAGCGCGCCUACACUCCUCGAAGUCUGCCUCCUUCUCCUUUGCGCCAUCUCAUCAUACCUGGAGACCUCGGCCCACCACCGAUGGAGAGACCAACGAUGACAAGUAGAAUCAUGAGCAAUUCGUAUCGACGCAAUCGCGGCGAGUCCAUCUUGGCUCGCCGAACCAAACUUGGCAGCGCCAGAAAGCUCAACAUCUUCAUCGAGUAUCCAGUGUCCCGAGAGCCCACCGAUGACAUGACGGACGUCAGCCCUGAGCCGGCAAGCACGCAGAGCAUCACUCAGCAUUGCGACCCCGACGACAACAUGCUUCUCGACACGGGGCUCAGUCAGGUUUUCGAUCCAGCGCAAGCGAAUGUGGUAGAUACGGCCGAAGCGCCUGUCUACACGGCCUUCGAACGUCGAUCGGCAGUCGAGGUCGAAAUGAACGACUUUGACAGAGACGAGAGCGGCAUAUGCAAAACGCUUCAGGUGAGUAUACUGCGUGGCUACUACUGUUGUUCUAGUACGUAGUGGGCUCAAGCUUCUUCUUGCCUUGCAACGCAACCAGUAUUUUCCCUUGCUCUUCCCAAUCCAAUCCGGCCCGACGGACAGCGAGUCAUCAUCAGUACCGUUGUGGCUCAUCCAUGGCGCUGCAGGCUUUGCGACCGCGUAUCUGAACCUCGGCUCUGUAGGCCGUCCAGUGUACGGAUUCUCCAACGUCGCGCUGUCUGCAGGGAAACGCCUGAAGUCGGUCAAGCAGGCUGCACUGUUGUACCUGAGGGAGAUUCGCAGGCUGUAUCCCAAGGGUCCUUAUAUCUGUAAGUCGCAUCUAGCACGAGAGGGUGCGAGCCCGCCAGCGCUGACACUGUAGCCCUGCGCUCUUGAUAGUCGGAGGAUGGGGUUUCGGGGGAGUCUGCGCACGCGAAAUGGCAGCUUUGCUCAGCGACGAGUGGGUAGAGCGCUUGAGCCAAGGGGAGGCUCUUGCACCAGACGAAACUCGCGCAACGGUAAUGAUGAUAGAUUCUCAGCAUCCCAGCUUUGCUCAAGAAGAAGCUGCGCUGCGACACUCCUUGUCAAACACUUGCAAUCAUCGCCUUGCCGUUCACCAAAAUCUCGGCCGGGCUCUUCAAGGUGGAGGAGAUGCGGAGAUGACGUCUGCUUCUUCGGACUCCCAAUCGUCUCUUGCUAGACUUCCCGUAUCUGCUGCACUGCGCCUAUCCGCGCUACGAGCGGUGAACAAGAGCGCUGCGACUGCACUUCAGGACAGCAAGACGAUGCAUCACCUCGUAGAGCAAUACUGCCUUUCGGUCCAGCUUCUGCGCUCUCAUCACCCCACGCCUUUCGCGCAGCACCAGGAUAUCUCGGUGACGGUGCACUUGCUCAAAGCUAGUGAGCUGGGAGCAUCGCCUCGACAGGCGACGUCCGCUGAGCUAGCGCUCAAAGCGAAUCAACAUCUGUGCAAGUGCAACGGUUGGACGCAGCCAGAACUCGUCGGAACGUCAUUCAUGGAUGUGCAGCAUGUCCCGUUUGUCCACGACGAGCUGCUGAGCGACAAGGCGGCUCCUUGCGUGACGGCGUGGCUGCAAGAAAAGUUGCAAACAUUCGAUCAAGCGGACGAGAUGCGCUGA